CAUCAUUGUGCCCUUCCCAGCCCUCACUCCUUUCUCCAUGUCAUACAGAUUGAUGAGAUGCCAGAAGCUGCAGUAAAGUCCUCCUCCAACAAAUACCAAGUCUUCUUCUUUGGGACCCAUGAAACGGCAUUCCUGGGGCCCAAAGACCUCUUCCCCUAUGAAGAAUGCAAGGAGAAGUUUGGGAAACCCAACAAAAGGAAAGGGUUCAGUGAAGGUUUGUGGGAAAUCGAGCACAACCCAACUGUCAAAGCCUCCGGCUACCAGCCUACCCAGAAGAAGACCUGCUCUGAGGACGCUGAGCCAGAGCAAGAGCCAGAGGGUGACGGGGAGAAGAAGGGCAACGCAGAGGGCAGCAGCGAUGAGGAGGGGAAGCUAGUGAUCGACGAGCAAUCCAAGGAGAAGAACGAAAAAGCCGGGAUCAAGAGGAAAGCAGAAGAUGCUUUGGAGGACUCCCCCAAGCGCACCAAGGAGAUAGAAGGGCAGGAAGCAGAGAAGAAGAUAGACAACGAAGAGGCUCCCAAGGAGGAGCCGAAGCCCAACCCAGCCGAAGGGGAGAAGGAGAAGAACAGCGAUGCUGCCAGCGUGCCGGACGCCAAUGAAGCCAAGCAGGAGGGCAAGGAUAAGGCAGAGGAGGUCAGAGACCACAAGGAGAGCCUGUAGUGGCCUCCCUGGCGAGCUGAUCUCCCGCUGUCCCUUCCCUGCUGGGCUCCCAGGGUGUUGCCCCAUCUCGCCCUCGUCGCCUCGUCACGUCCACGGCUCCGGAAACGAGAAACAAACAGAAAAUGAAAAUU